AUGAGAAAUUGUAAGGCCUUAUUAUUAUUACUAGUGUUUUCCAUAAUUCUGAUAAUAAAUAAUCAGAUUAGGGCAGAAAUUAGCAAGGUUGGAUCAUCUGAUCAAUUCAUUAGGACAAGAGGAGUACAAUUUAUACAAAAUGGAAAACCAUUUUAUGCAAAUGGGUUCAAUGCAUAUUGGUUAAUGUACAUCGGCACCGAUCCAUCUGAAAGAUACAAAGUCACCGCCGCCUUUUCCGACGCCGAAAAACAUGGUCUCUCCAUUGUCAGAACUAUGGCUUUCAACGACGGCCCCGGAAACAGAACCCUUCAGAGCUCUCCCGGUAUUUACAAUGAACCCGUUUUUCAGGGGUUGGAUUUUGCUUUAUCUGAAGCUAGAAAGUAUGGGAUGAAGGUUUUACUAUGUUUGAGUAACAAUUUUAAAGAUUUUGGAGGGAAAAUACAAUAUGUUGAAUGGGGCAGGAGUAAAGGGCAGAGGAUUCGAACUGAAGAUGGUUUCUAUACUAAUGCUGUUGUCAAGGAGAUGUACAAGAAUCAUGUCAUGAGAGUGCUUAAUAGACGAAAUACAAUCACGGGAAUUAUUUAUAAAAAUGAUCCUACCAUAAUGGGGUGGGAACUUAUUAACGAGCCUAGAUGUUAUACCGAUAAAUCUGGAGCUACCGUUCAGUCAUGGAUUAAAGAAAUGGCUGCAUAUGUGAAAUCCAUAGACAACAACCAUAUGGUAGCUGUUGGCAUGGAAGGUUUCUAUGGACCCUCACAUGCUGGAAGGCAACAAAAUAACCCUACUUUUCAAGUUGGUACCGAUUUCAUCGAGAAUAAUCUGAUUCGCGACAUUGAUUUCGCUACAAUUCACAUGUAUCCUGAUAAAUGGAUUGGAGGCUCGAGCGAAGUAAAAGAAGACGCAUUCCUCAAUGACUGGAUCAACAAUCAUGUCCAAGAUGCACAAAACAUAAUAAGAAAACCACUCAUAUUUACGGAAUUUCAGAAAAAUAGUAAGGACCCCGGUUUCAACAUAGUUCAAAGAGACAAUAUGUUCAAAACAAUUUACUCGGCAGUUUAUUUGUCUGCGGUUAGAAGAGGAGCUGUAUCUGGCGCUCUAUUCUGGCAUUUAUUGACAACCGGGUUAGACUCUUUUCGAGAUGGGAAUGCAAUAAUUCUAAGCGAGAAAACUUCAACAAAUAUUUUAAUAGCUGAGGAGUCGGCUAAACUAAAGAAGAUUACAAAUAUGUAUGCCUCCAUUGAUUCUUAAACAAUGGUCCAAAG